GGUUUCUUGGAGUACAUCUGGUGAAUGGCACCAAUGAAGUCAACCAUAUCAAAGAUGCUGUAGAAGUCAUAGGUCAGGCAUUCACAAGGCUGCUGGCUAAAGAGUCAAUCUCAAAUCCCCCAACUGAAUGCAAGGAUACAGACAGUUGGUAUCAUGGGGACAAAGUCUACGAAGCUUUGAUAGAAACCAAGUUGAAUGGAGAGACAGGGCAAGUGAGCUUCAGCCAGGAGGGAGACCGGCUGAACCCGAUGUAUGAAAUCAUUAAUAUCAACAGCAAUCAAAGGGCCAUGUCUGUUGGACUGUUUGGAGAUAAGGACAAGGUUCUUGGACUGAGAAUGAUGGUCACAAAUUUAACCUGGCCAGGGAAUGUGUUUGUGAAACCUAAGGGAGAGAAAAUCUCUCGUGACCUGAGGAUUGUAACACUGAAGGAGAAACCAUUUGUGGAAAUCACACGUCUUCCCAAAGAUGGACAAUGCCGUCCCAUUCAUCCUGCUGUCCAUGCUUUUCCCUGUAAAAAUGGAACUCAAGAUUACUGCUGUAUGGGAUACUGCAUGGACAUGCUGGCUAAAAUUGCAGAAAAGGUGCAGUUCAACUUUACCAUUCAUCUCAGCAAAGAUGGAAUGUUUGGUACAUUUGAGAAGCAUAACGGAUCAGAAAAAAAGUACUGGAAUGGCAUGAUGGGAGAACUGAUGAGUAAGGAGGUUGAUCUCAUUGUAGCUCCACUGACAAUAAACCCUGAGAGAGCCAAGGACAUUGACUUCACCAAACCAUUCAAAUAUCAAGGUCUCAAUAUUCUUGUCAAAAAGAACCAAAAAGACUCCAGUUUGGGCUCCUUUCUACAACCAUUUCAAGACACACUGUGGAUUCUAGUCGGCCUGUCUGUGCAUGUGGUGGCACUUGUCCUGUACCUCCUGGACCGUUUCUCUCCCUUUGGACGUUUUAAGCUGGCAAAGAGUGAUGAUGCUGAAGAGGAUGCUCUCAACUUGUCCAGUGCCAUGUGGUUCUCAUGGGGUGUCCUCUUGAACAGUGGCAUCGGUGAAGGCACUCCUCGGAGUUUCAGUGCCCGUGUUCUGGGUAUGGUGUGGGCAGGCUUUGCUAUGAUCAUUGUAGCCUCCUACACAGCCAACCUUGCUGCUUUCCUGGUGUUGGAUAGACCUGAGGCCCACAUCUCUGGCAUUGAUGAUCCAAGGCUGCGCAAUCCAAAUGAGAAGUUCAAGUAUGCCACGGUGAAGGGAAGUGCCGUUGAGAUGUACUUCAAGAACCAGGUGGAACUGUCCACAAUGUACCGGAACAUGGAGAAACAGAAGCAGUAUCUUACAGCAGAGGCUGCCAUUGAGGAUAUUCGUAAAGGGGAACUACAGGCUUUUAUCUGGGACUCCCCUCGUCUGGAGUAUGAAGCAGCACAUGACUGUGACCUAACCACAGCUGGGGACCUGUUUGGCCGCUCAGGACUUGGGAUUGGUCUACAGAAGAAUAGUCCCUGGACACAUGAGGUCUCAAUGGCUGUCCUUGACAUGCAUGAAAGUGGCUUUAUGGAACAGCUGGACAAUCGUUGGAUUCGAGUGGACAGCAGGUCGUCAUGUCCAGAGAGCAACUCUGCCCCAGCUACCUUGGGCUUGACCAAUAUGGCAGGUGUGUUUAUGAUGGUUGCUGGGGGGAUUGUAGCGGGGGUGCUUCUCAUUUUCAUUGAGAUAGCUUACAAACGUCACCGCGGCUUAAAGGAGAAAGAACUGGAACUUGCCCGAAAUGCCGCAGACAGAUGGCGUGGCAACAUCGAAAAAAGAAGAACCUUAAGGCAAACACUGCAGAAACAAAGAGAGGAGCUGAAAAAACCCAACUCAGUUUCUAAGCAACCCAGUCCUUCUUCAAUGCAUGCUACAACCCCCACCACCAAUGCCAACUCUCUGAUGGUCAACCUGGAGAGCAACAACACAAAACCAAUCAGUCCCUUCUAUCGCAGGCCCUCUCUCUUGGAGGCAACCACCAACAGUGAUUGUCUGCCCCCACCUUUACCCAUGGGCUACCAGCCCCCAGGAUAUGUCCCGGCUAGGUCUGGGCGAACUGUGACCUGGCACAACCCAUCACACAACCCGGAUCAUCUGGUUUAA